AUUACCCUGGCUGCAGAGAGGGGACCACAGGAGACCGGCAGCCUUGCUCACUCCUGCACUGAACAGCUGCAGCCUCUAAGCCAUCAGGGCAUAUAUUAGCUAAAGGCCCUGCCGCUCUGCUCUAACCGCUAACCGAACCCAGCAUGACUUCUGCCAGGAGCUUGCAUGUGAAUACGCCCCUGAGGGACAGCGUCCCGCUCUCCAAGGUGGCUGGCACCAAUGUCUACCUGAAGCUGGACAAUGCUCAGCCCACAGGCUCCUUUAAAAUCCGAGGCAUCGGCCACCUCUGUAAAACGUGGGCAGAGAGAGGCUGCAAGCGCUUCGUAUGCUCCUCAGGUGGCAAUGCUGGCCUGGCAGCUGCCUACUCUGCCAGGAAACUGGGCAUCCCAGCCACCAUCCUUGUGCCCACAUCCACGCCAGCUUUCACCAUUGAGCGGCUGAAGGAUGAAGGGGCCACUGUCUGCAUUGUUGGAGAGAUGCUGGAUGAGACCAUAGAACAAGCCAAGGAGCUGGUGAAGAACAACCCUGGGUGGGUCUAUGUGCCCCCUUUCGAUGAUCCCCUCAUCUGGAAAGGCCACAUGUCCAUAGUGAAGGAGCUGAAGGAAGACUUGGACUCCAAGCCUGGGGUGCUGGCCCUGUCUGUGGGAGGCGGCGGGAUGCUGUGCGGAGUGGUCCAGGGCCUCCGUGAGGCAGGAUGGGAGGAUGUGCCCAUUGUUGCUAUGGAGACCAAAGGGGCACACAGCCUGAAUGCUGCCAUGGCUGCUGGGCAGCUGGUGACACUGCCAGAAAUCACCAGUGUUGCAAAGACCCUUGGAGCAAAGACGGUGGGAGCGGAGACGCUGAAGCUGGCCCGAGAGCACCCCGUCUUCUCAGAGGUUAUCACGGACCAGGAGGCAGUCAUGGCCAUCGAAAAGUUUGUGGACGACGAGAAGAUCCUGGUGGAGCCGGCCUGCGGGGCGGCGCUGGCUGCCGUCUACAGCGGCGUGGUGCAGAGGCUGCAGGCGGAGGGGAAACUUGGCCAUGCCCUGGGCUCCCUGGUGAUCAUCGUGUGCGGGGGCAACAACAUCACGUUGGCCCAGCUGCAGCGCCUCAAGGAGCAGCUGGGCAUCCAGAACGUCAUGGCAGCCUAGGCUGGCAGGGCACCACGUGGGGGGGAGGGACGGGAGCUCUGGAGUUUUAUCCAGGGCCUUAUUUUAAGUGUAGGAUGCUGGUUUUAAUAGUCUGCACAUUGGCAAAGAUGUGCGUUCCUAACUAGUAGUCAUGUCACGUCGCCUCGAGCGCUGGAUCACAUGGGCUGAGGAUAAACCUACGGCUUCCAACCUGCCUACAACUUCCAGGCAUAGGUUUGUCCCCAGCCCCCAGGCAGGAAGGAAUUUCCCCCACGGCCCACACCUCCUCACACUGCUGUGCAUAAUCAACAUCUGUUCCAGUAGCCCCUCCAAGCCUGCUCUGAGAUCAGGGCCCCGACGUGGCAGGCGCUGCCCAGAUGCGUAGCGAGAGACAGACCCUGUUCCCAGAGAGCUGGCAAUCUAGCCCGACAAAGGAUGGGAAAGAGGCUCGGAGAAAGGAAGUGACUUUGCCCAAGGUUAUGCGGCAGAGUCAGGAAUAAACCCAGGUCUCCUAGCUCCUUAUCCACUGCCCUGACCUCCAGGCUAUGCUGGGUAACCGACUCACCAUCUGCAACAACGGGGCAGGUUUAGUCUGAAGACGACUUGGGGAGAGUCAGGGACCUGAUCGCAGUCUUCAGAUAUUUUAUAAAGAGCCUGUGAUCACUGUUCUCCGUGUCCACUGGCAGUAGGACAAUUAGAAUGGGGCUUAAUCUGCAGGGAGGGAGAUUCAGGUUAGAUAUUAGGAAAGACUUUCUAAUGCUAAGGACAGUUAAGCUCUGGAAUAGGCUUCCAAUGGAGGCUUUUAAAGACAGGUUGGACAAACACCACUCAGGGUGGGCUAGGUUUACUUGGUCCUGCCUCAGAACAGGGGGCUGGGCUCGAGGUCCCAUUCCACCAUCGAUUUCUGAGAUUCUCAGAGGUGUACUCCUAGGUCUGGAUGGACGGUAGCUCUGUUUUGGCAUAGCCAGGAGACCCUCUACCAUACUAGAUCAGCCACAGGGUUGGUCUGAUCUGGCCUGCCGCAGUGGGCUGAUCCUUACCUGGAUGAAAGCUUGAGCUGGUGUAAAAGACCAUUGGAAUGCCUCGCCUAGUGGUUGCACAGCCUAUGCCUUCUGGGGAGGGACCUCAUGCCUGCUGGUUUAGCAUCACUGUUUUACCAGCCUGGACCUCUUAGCACCGGGGUGGAGAGCAGGCCGGGCCAGUCUCUCUGGAGCUAUUACCUCUUUCACAUCACUGCCUACGCUGCCGGCUGCAGUUGUCAGGAAAGGUUUUGUGUAACGCGAGGUUAGUCUGAGGCAUGAGUAUUGGAUGUUGUAGCCAGAAUUCAGAACGCCCUAACAUGCUGGCUUUUCUAAUAGUGUCCACUAUUUACCUUUUUGCAUGUAAAAAAAAUUCCGUAUUUCUAUAAGGCUGCGUCCCUCGUUUGUUUCCAGACAGAGCUGCACGGCCAUUUUAAGUGAGGCUGCCCCGGUGUCACCAUCUUGGGAUUUUAUCUCACCUCUACUGCUUGGAGAACGUGAGCGCCUCAUAACAGCCCUGCAAAGCAGGGCAGGGCUGUUACCCCAUUGUACACAUGGAGAUCUGAGAGAGAGAGAAAUGACUUGCCCAAGGUCAUCCGGAAAGUCUGUGGCAGAGCAAAAAAUGGAACUUAGUUUGCUAGCUGAUACUCUAACCCCUGGACCAUCCUCCCUCUCUGCUGUGGAAAUGUAACAACUCUUUUCUGUAGGGGUUUGAAUCCAGAAACUUUUGUACCAAAGCACAGGCCCCUGUCACCUGAGUUAAGGGAGUAGCUCCAUUAGCUAUGGGCAGUAGUAGGUUUUUAUCCUUUAAGUCAGUGGUUUCUCACUUUUGCAGUCUGAAGGUUGAACAUAUUGUGACACACAAGGUCAAGGUCAGAGUUUAUAAUUUGGGGGGUAAUUCUUGUGUCCUGAUAUGCACCCUUUUGCUGCUCAGGUGGGGCAAAGGGAAGAAAAGUCUGAUUUCCACCCACACCCCAAUGUAAGACAGUCCCCAUUGGCACAGAGCCAGUGUAGCUGGCUCCUCUACCUCCCUCUUUGCAAGUCCUGCAGCGUUAGGGAAAGCGGCUGGUUUCUGGCUGUCUCCAGCUAGGAGGCGGUUGCCAUUUGGUGAAAGGCAGAGCAACCUCAAGGCUGCUCAAACCAGAAUUGGGGCAAAGCCUCUUUCCUCAUCUCUCCUGUGAUGGCCUGCGUGGGAGAGAGGAGGUAGUGUGUACAAGGAGCAUCCCUUGGCUCAGGCAGAACCAGUAACCCUCCUCUCCUACUCUCCCUUGGGCUCCCACAGCCCAGCAACAGAGCAGAAAGAAUCACUCUCACCUCCUUCCCCCGCAAUGCAGCAGGCCACCAGCUGGGGCAGUGCUGAGAAACUGCAUUCCUGGCUCACACUGUAGCUGCUACAGGGGCAGCAAUGGGAGAUGGCUGGGGAUGGGUAGCACCCGCUUCUGUCUCCCUGUAGCAACACGGCUUAUUUAAAUCUUACAGCUUAAAAAAACAAAAACAAAAAAACCCCACAGACCAUGGCUCAGGGAGCACACUUCAACUCACAAGGGCCACAGGUUGGACGCGGUGGCUAUAUGGGGACCCAGCCACUAGAGGGAGACAAAAACACUCAGCCAGUGUGUCACAGAAAGUGACACAACAGCCAUGCCCCUCCAGCAUUUAACAGGGACAAACAGAUGUGGGUGAUGUUU